AUGAGUGAAGCAGCGUUAUCUAGAAUAUCGAAUCUUAUCAAGGUCGAAGACGAUUUGCUGAAACUAGACUCGCUCCGACAACAAUUCACCAAGGAGAGAAACUCCAUCGAUGUCAAGUUAAAUUCGGCUGCUCUGCAACAAAUUGAUUCGGUAGUUCAGAACUUGGAGAGGUUGAAAACCGCUGUGGAUAAACUCAGCUCGGUCAAGUCGAACAUUGAGCGUAUCAACAAUGUUUACACGGAAUCAGUGACUCAAGUCAAAGAAUAUGAUACUUUGAAAACUAUUUCAGGCGUCUACCAAACCAUGAUGCAAGUUCAGAAUUUGUAUACGGAUAUUGCCAACUAUAGAAAGUACUUGGAACAUAUUAACAACAUGAUCAAGGCGGAACUCGAUGCAGUGACCGAAGAUAUAGCAUACCCCAUGUACAAUUUCUAUCGCAUUCAUUUCAAUGUGACUCAGGCACGCAAUUUUGUGGAUUACUUGGAGGACCAAUCAGCAGAACUAUCAGAUGACAUUCAGUCUAUUGUCACCAAGAUCAUUCAACCGCUGCGUGCUGUGUUUCGGAACUUUGACGAGCUUAUGAAAGAAGUGAUAAUUAGUAUUACUGAAGCUGUCAAGGAAGGAAAUAUUGAGAUGGUGAACAAAUUGGUGCGUGUGAUUGAGCAUGAAGCCACUGAAGAUCUGAAGGUCAACUUGAUGCGGGACUUGCGCCUUGUGGAUAGUAAUAGCUCGAUGGUGAGAGAUUAUGCCAAAACGAGAACUCAAAUGAGACACUACAAGAAGUUCUUCUACACCAAGCUUGAGGAGAGUCUAGCAGACACGUUUGACAAGUGUGUGGAACAUUUCUACCAGGAUAAGAUGCUUGUUUAUGACAACCUCGAGUGGUUUGAAGAUGAAUUGGUAUUCGUUGUGCACACCCUUGCUCCACUCUUCCCGAGUCACUGGGAAAUCAGUAACUAUAUCCAUGGAGUCUACUACAACAAGUUGCACAAAUUCACAAUGGAGUUGAUCAACACAAAUCCUCCCGCGGAAGAUCUUAUGCGGAUCUUGGAGUAUGACUCUCAUUACAACCAGUUUGUCACUUCGUUACAGCUUGAAAAUUUUCAAAAGGAGCAAAAGUCCAUUUUGGGAGAAGAGCUUAAGAACAGCGUCUUGGAUGAUUACUUGAAGGUUAUUUUGUCCAAAAUGGAGGAAUGGAAUGACAACUUGAUUAGUCAGGAGUCAAAGUCGUUCAGAGACCGUGAUGAACCUCCUGAUGUUUACAACUAUGCACAAACUAUGGAGGAUUUUGACCAAUUUGACCACAUCAUCACCCUUGAAAUAACCUCGGAUGUUUAUGUUUUACCAGACUUCAAAACGACUUUGAGUAUGCUCAAGGACCAAGCAGACGUUGCAGCGGACUCCGGAUAUGGAAAGGUUUUAGUUGGAGUUAUUGAAAAUUGGUCUCGUUGCUACAACAAACGAGUGUUCUCGUACAUGCAACUAGUCGAGGACGAGGUCAACAAGUAUAUGUCAGUGUACAAUAACGAGAGGUAUCUCAUCAAAGAGUCAAAAACUAAGCGGUUUUUGAGAAUGCAAUCCAGAACCCAGGAAGAACUUGAUGUGGAAAACAUGACCCCAGAGGAGAAAUCGCAAAUAUCCAAGCCUGGGUUGGUGGAGUACCUUGCUGCUCUUGGUAACACUUAUGAGGUCAACACUGAUAGACUUCAGGACAAGUUUAUGCCCAACUACAUGAGCAAAGUGCACUCAACCUACCAGACGAGAAUUGAAGAUGCGUUCCAGGAUACGCUUUCCCCAAGCACAGAGUUAAAUGCGCAAGUUAUCCGUUCCAUAGCAGAAAUAAUCAUUAAUGAUUUACUUCCUGCCUUGUCCACUUUGUUCACGAAGUCUUGGUACAACAGUGCCAAUCAAAAUUCUGGAGACCUAAACAUGGCCCAGCAGGUGGUGGAAACUAUUGUGGAGUACAUGGAAGAAUUGAAGAGCUAUGCAUCAUAUGACCUCUACAGUCUCACUUUCACAGUUGUUCUAGACACUUUCAUUGCAUCGUAUCUUCGGAUUGGAUAUCAAAACAUUUUACAUGGUGACGGGAAAAGAAUCGACCCCACAUCCACGAAAAAAUUCCAGUCAUUCAGUGAGGCCGUCAAUCGCGACAUUGCCAUUCUUUACGAGGGUCUCGACCCGUUAUUCUCCCGAAAAGAUGCCGUGUAUCUUUUGCGAAGUUUGACUGCACUCGAAUUGUUAACCACUUUAGCAACAGUGGAGAAUCCAAUGGUGGAAAUCCCACAUAUUUGGGAACAUGAGAUCCUUGCCACCUACUACAACUGUUCGAUCGAGUACGUCCGGGGGAUUCUUCUUUGUCGCAAAGAUAUUGAUACCAAAACUGUACCUCUCCUCAUGGACAAGCUUAUAGAGAUUCAGAAUUCUUAUCAGCAGCAAGUGGAUCCACCGGAGAUGAAUGUUGCCACGCUCAACAACUUUUCUUACGCUUAG